GCAGGCGGACCAGAGAGAGACACUCAAAACUCAUCUACAGGAGGAUGGAGGUGGAGAACCGACCCAACGGAUUUGACUUCUCCAAACGGGGCAAGUUACUUACCAGCGGUUUUUAUGAAGAAAACUCUCUCCACGAUGAUACAGAGGACGUGGGUGAGCAGCGCUGGUGUUUGAUCUGUGGUGACCGAGCGUCAGGGCUGCACUAUGGCAUCAUCUCCUGCGAGGGGUGUAAGGGCUUCUUUAAACGUAGUAUCUGCAACAAGCGCAUCUACCGCUGCAACAGAGACAAGAAUUGUCAGAUGUCCCGCAAACAACGCAACCGCUGUCAGUACUGCAGACUGCACAAAUGCCUUCAGAUGGGGAUGAACCGCAAGGCUAUCAGAGAGGACGGGAUGCCUGGAGGGAGGAAUAAAACAAUCGGACCGGUACAGAUCUCAGUGGAGGAGAUCGAACGAAUUAUGUCUGGCCAGGAGUUUCAGGAAAACAUGGAACUGUCAGAUACGUGGAGCCAUGGCUACAGUAACCACAGUUCACCUGGCAACAGUAUCUCCGAGGGCGGCCAGACCUUAUCUUUCUCCACGAUAUCCACCAGCCAUUCAGUGAAUAUGAACACAUACUCAAUGUCCCAUAAAGAUCCAUGCAGCAGUCCACAACUGACUCAUGCUUUCCUGUUGGGCAAAUGCCCUUUACCACCCCCUACUGGUGGCAGCCUGAAGACACAAUCACACAUGUUAUCAGCCCAGCUUGUCGCUGCCGAAGACCUGACACCUCUCAGUACACCCAUGGUCAUAGAGGAAGGAUGUAGUGUGGCUCAAUCGGAGCUGUUGACUCUGCUGUGCCGUCUAGCUGAUGAGCUGUUAUUCAGACAGAUCGUCUGGAUAAAGCAGUUACCGUUCUACAGUGAUCUGUCCAUUAAAGACUGCACUUGUUUACUGGGGGCUUCAUGGCAUCAGCUCAUCCUCCUCUCCUUGCUCACUGUGCACAGCAAACAGAUACUGGGAGAACUGGCCAAUGUCGCACACCAUUAUACACCCUCAAGUCUGACACUACAGGGGUUCGGUGAAGAUGCUAUGGUGGUUAUGGAGAGUUUAAAUUUUAUUUUUCGUAAGUUUCAUCAACUAAACAUCAGCAAUGAGGAGUACAGCUGUUUAAAGACCAUCACCCUGCUCAAUCAAGAUACAGCAGGAUUAUGUAACACGCCCACGCUGGAACAGUUGAGUGAACGUUACUGGCGUGUGUGUCGGGACCUGACAGAGCAACUCCACCCUCAUCGGCCCAAACGCUACUCUGACAUCAUCACGUGCCUCUCUGAAAUACGCCACACCUCAGGGAAGAUGAUGGCCAUUCCUCUGGAGCAGCUUCCACUGCUGUUAAAGGCGGUACUAUACUCUUGCACAACCAAUCAAAACCCCUGGCCAGCCAACAGAUACGUCUCCAGGAUAUAAACCACGCCUCCAGCCAUGCCAACCUAUGCAUAGCUAUUUUAAUUUUAAUUUACAAUGUUUCCCAAUGUAUUUAUUUCAUGACAAGGUUGAAUGUAAAACUCUUGACAGGUAUGGCUGUAACAAAUGUAGCAAUCUACCAAAUUACAUUUCAAGAUGUCUGAAAGGAAAAUAAACAUUUCCAAUGACACCAGGAACACGACUAGAGAAGGAAAGACCAUUCCGAAUUCUUCCGGGGAAAAAGCCAAAGACAGUGUUCAUUAUAUAAAAUGUUACCUAAAAAUGGAUUUACUGUAAUCAGUUUGUUGUUGAACAUUUAAAGUAUGCAACUACUACAGCAUGAUGAUAUUAAAUAUCCUUGUAUUAUGGGAUGUCGUCGAUAAAAUCUAACUGAUGAUGUUGAAUGAAUAAUGAAUGAAGAAGCCAGUGGUGUGCAGCUCAAAUUUCAGCACAUACUCUGUUGAGUACCAAAGUUGAGCAUGACUUAAUACACCUGUUGUAGACUAGUUUGUGAUUGUUUUUGUUUACUUUUGAGGACUUUUUCUUUUGGAUGGGGACUUUGGUAAUGUUUGAGCCAGUCGCCGGGGUAACAAGCAAUGCAAUAAGCACACUCUUUAGCCCAGGUGUGUGUGUGUGUUACAUGUGUGAUUUCUCGCAAACUUCAUUUCACACGUCUUUAAUGAGGUGUGAAUGCUUGAACAGGGUUCAAUUUGUUCAUAUUUUGGCGUAGCUGUAGUUUUGUUGGAAAUGCUACUCCUUGUUUAGUGUGCAUUGGUUUCUUGAUCAUUUUCUUUCGAGAAUUUGAGAAAUAAUUUUUCAUUAUUAUUUUCUUAAACAUGCUUAUAUGUGUUUUAAGCCAU